GUGAAUAGCGGGACGUCACAAUGUAUGGGAGUGGGUCAGGUGUCUCCUAGGCUGCUCUUUGCCGGAGCAACUUUGCGAGUAACCAAAUCACACUUCACCACGAUACAGUCGUUGCUCAAUCUACCUAUCAAAGGGACCCUUAUUCAAUAUCGUCAAAGACUACCGGGGUGGAAUAUAGAAGUGUAAGUAAUUUAUACCCGACAAUGCAUGCCCAGGAGCUCGCUGAGACUGUCGUGCUAGGACAUCCUUAUCUAUACCGACACGACACCGGCUGAAGAUGGCACCGAUAUCCCCAUAUACCACCUACGACCCACAGGUCGCUGCCGCGAUGGAAGCGUCGGCCUCUUGUAAAAUAAAGGUUGUGUCUAGUAUCGUCGGGCUGAUGUGUCUCUGCUGGGCACUUUUGGGUGCAUUCUUCCUCUACCACUUCCUCAAGCCCCUGGAGGAGGUCGGCACGGAGGCAGCGGUUGGACUACCGGCGUCCGGAGAAGGCGGCGAGAAACGCUGGUGGGUUGACGACUACGACGCGACAUAGGACCAGCAUCCUCGGUAGCCCGAGGAGGGAGACUUUAUCAUCAACCUUCUGAGAGGAUGAGCGACGCGGUUAUCUGAGUUAUCUAUCGAAAUCUUGAAGGGCAAAGGAGUGCUGUCCCCGACAACUCACUGAUUUCCAAAGCAAACUUCCGUUAGAUCCUCAACAAACCAUCUCAUAUGUGAAAUCUUC